AUGAACCGUUCCAGCCUUGUCUCACCAGUCCUGAUCUGGCUACCUGGCCUGAUCGUUCUGGUGCUGUUGGCCCUGACCACCACCCCGACGGCCGUGCACGGCUUCGGCUUGAGCUGCACGGCCAACAGCACGGGCGAUUGGGACGUGGCUGCCACCUGGGUCAACUGCAAUGACUCCACGCCGGGCGUGGGCGACAGAGCGAACAUCGCCGCGGCUGAGGCCUACGUGGUCUCCAUCCCGGCAGGCGUCAAGGUCAACGUGCAGGGCGUCUUCAUCGCCAACUUUGGCCGUCUCAGCAACAAAGGCGCCCUGCGUGCGGUUUGGAUCGAGGUAAACUCUGGCGCCCUGCGCUCGACGGGCUCGCUCGAGUUAGUGGACACCGACAGAAACAACGCCUAUCUGUACUGCCGAUAUGGGAGUGUCGAGAUCUCUGGCGACCUCACCAUCACCAGCCUUUCCCAAGCCUCUCUGGAAGUGUUCGAGAGCGAGGCCACGUUUGGCGGGUCGAUCAAUGUCACCGCGGGCCAGUACGCCCAGGCCUACGCGGCUGUGCUUUCCAACUCGCGCGUGAGCGUGGCGGGCGACGUCACCGUGCUCGGCGGUUGCUACAACGAAAAGAAGCGUGAGACCAACAACGAGAAUGACGACUCCGUCGUGGAGGGAGGCGAGAAGAAGAAGAAGAAGAAGCGUGGCUUCAGCCUUGAUGGCUCUGGCCUGGCCGUGGACUACGACUCCUUCCUCCAGCCGGUGCGCAGCCUCAAGAUCGAUUGGGAGGUCGACGUGGGCUCCCUGGCGAAGGGCGUGAAGCACCUCGACUCGCCCUCGUACCAGCACAAGGGCUACCACUUUGCCCUGCAGCUGUGCAGGGAGAAGCAGACCGACCGCGAGGGCUCGUCGGUGGGGCUCUACGUGUUCGCCAAUAGCGGACCGUCCAUCGACGCCGCCGGUGACGAGGGCAACAAGCCCUGCUUCCUGCCCGUGACCUCCCAAAUCACUGUGCGCAAUCCCAUUACGAGGGAGGCGCAAUCGGUUGGCACAACGGAUCACUACACGGGCCUCAACACGGCCUGGGGCUGGAAGGACUUCCUGCGCCCGAUCUCGUGGGAGGACAUGCUGGCCAAGCGGUGCAACUUCGUCUCGCCACACGGCACCCUGGCCUUCUCCGCCACCAUCCACCUUCCCACCCCCUUGUAA